AUGGUAUUUACAACAAGUGUACCCAAAGAAUCCAACUCAUCAUCGAACGAUCGUCGAUUAAGCAAGAAGAUGCUGGUCGCUUUCUUUUGUGUUCCAAUGGCAUUGGUAUUAGCUGCUUGUAUUUGGGGAGCUGUAAUGACGGCUAAAUUUGUUUCCAUUCAGAAAGAAAAGGCAAGCUUUAUCGAAGAAUUCGAUUUCAUCGUCGUUGGAUUGGGUGCUGGUGGUUCGGUUAUCGCAUCUCGAUUGUCAGAAGUAUCAAGAUGGACUGUACUAGCUGUCGACGGUGGUCCACAUGAAGAACUGAGCUCAACCGAUAUCGACCCGAACGAUUUACUUCCAGUGUACAGUUUUGUCUCUCCACAUGACCCAGUAAUUACCAGCUUACCGUUGCGAGCUGGUAAUAAUAAAAUCAUGUAUAUACCUCGUUUCAAUGGUCUCGGUGGUACAGCUCGAUUGUACGGUGGUAUCAACGUUCGUCCAUCACCAGCGAUCAUGCGUCGAUGGCCAUCGAAUUGGACGUAUGAUGAUUUAUUACCCUAUUUCAAAAAAAUUGAAGAUCAUUACUGUUAUUAUUACGAUGAAAAAGUAACUGGUAUUUCUGAUGCAAAUUGUCGAAAGUAUCAUGGUCAACAUGGUCCGCUCCAGGUCAAUCCAACUUAUGUACCCGAAUUCGCUAAUGUAUCGAAACACUUCGAAUCUCUCUGUAAUGAUACGAGUCAAUUGUGGGGUGGUUAUAACGCAGAUAUUAAUGGUGAACGAUAUCUCGGUUGUUCCUUGUUUCAACGUUAUUUCAAUCGCAAAGGAAAUCGAACCGAUGAGCAAUCCGAUUAUUUCCUUGGCACAUCAUUUCAAGGCUAUCUUCAGCCAUCGGUGAUUAAUCGUGCCAAUCUUCGUAUUCGAUCAGCAACAAUGGUCACAAAAAUCUUGUUCGAUAAGAGUUCACCGCCUAAAGCCACUGGAGUGAUAAUUCAGAAUUCGACCGGUACAUUCACAAUUAAAAUCAACAAAGAAGUUAUUCUGGCUGGUGGUGCAUUCGCAACGCCACAGCUACUUCAAGUCAGUGGAGUGGGCGAUCGGUCAACACUUGCCAAUGCUCGGAUUCCAUUAGUCGCGGAAAAUGUUCAUGUAGGAAAAAAUCUUCGUGAUCAUGUCGCUGUCCCGAUGAUCUUACGAGUGAAAGAAACGUCUUCAACAUUUCCAAAUGUUGGUAAAAACGUCACUGCAUAUGUGAGAUCUAUACCAAAUGGAAGUAAAUCAUGGAUCAUUGCUUUGAACACUGGACUACGAGGAGAUAACAUCACUGAUUUGCAAAUCUAUUUUUCCAAUACAAAUUAUCAUUCGCCUGAUCUGUUCACCAAUCCUGAGCCUCGUCAAUGCCGGUACGGUUCGAAUGGACACCGUGAAAAACAAGCGGAAGUAACCCUCCGUAUGAUUUUGCAAGAUCCAUCAUUCUUAGGGAAUGUCACUGUAAUAUCUGACAACAUUCGUGACAAACCGAUUAUAAACUUCAACUGGGACUCGAUCAACGAUUAUGAAUAUGGUGUAUUCAACAUUACCAUACAAAGACUUCGCAAUUUAAUUAACAAUACUGAAUGGGGCAAUCUCUUUGCCGAAGAAAUCUAUCCCGGUUUAGAUACGCCAAUCAAAACUUUCAUCGACGGCCAUUUAGAAAGUGCAUUACAUCCGAUCUCCACAUGUCAAAUGGGAUUGUGCAGUGAUACAAGAUUACGAGUGUUCAACAUCAGUCAAGUACGAGUUUGUGAUGCGUCAGCAUUCGGGGAACAGAUCGAUGCUAAUCCAACGGCGACGAUCUUUGCCUUGGCAGAAAGAUUAGCUGAUAUUAUUCGAGAAGAUUACAACGAAUUUCAUGAACCACUUCAAGUCAGAUCGUUGACGCCACAUGUCGCAACUGGCCCAACGAUAUCUGUCACAUCAAUGAACCAUUUGAAAGACUAUUCAAAAUUUUUUCCUGAUGCAGCCUAA